CAGCCGCCUAACCAAAGCACGCUGUGAGAUUAUUUUUGUGCUACCGCUGUGUACUCAAAAAGCACCAUGAAGGCGGCACUCUUCAUCGCUUCUGCGCUACUGGUGGCGACCGUGGCCAACGCUGGACAGUUCUUGUGCCGACUGCCGGAGGACAAGGUGGUCCCGGCGCUCGAGUGCUUGCAGCAGAACGUGAAUCCCGAGAUCGCUAGCUACCUAGCAAGGUUGCCUGAGAAGGGUGCCGGCUUUGUCCGAAGCGCUUGCAAGUCGGGACAGAACUUUGAGGAGAUCAUGCGCUACGUCUGGACGGAAGACUACCUGGCAGAGAUCAGCACGCUGACAGAUAUGCGAGGCCAAGUUCUGAGUGGAAAUAUGUUAGUGCUCGAGUGUGUGCGUGUGUGUAGGAAAUAA